AUGGAUAGAGACGAAGAUCAGGUUAAUAAACAGCCCGUGGUGCUGCUGAGUUACCUCGUGCUUGGUGUCAUCUCUAUCAUCAUUUUCGCUAUCUAUUGGUGCGGCUGCCGCCAACGUGGGAUUCCUGGUGUAGUCCUGGGAAUACCAAAUUCUGUGCAGCCAAACACCGUAGUAGUUCCGUUUCAGAAUGCGACCGGACCUUCGAAUGUAGGACCACCGUACGUUGUAUCGGGGUUCCACACAAAUGUUCAAGGGGCUCCCUACCCUGUCGCGGUGCAUGUUGAUGCACAGUACCCAGCGGCACUAUCAGGCGCAAGUGGUACGGGUGCCUCGAUAAUGAAUCACGAGGCUCCACCGGCGUACAACCGAACGCAACCAGAACAGGUUCCCCUAGUCAAAUAA